AACAAACCCAAUACUCCCCAUAACACAGGAUGACAUACUGGGUACGCCAACCCCGCAGCCGGAUGACUUGGCUAGCGUAGCCAAUUCAUUACAGUCCUCUUCCACAACGUUAUCAUCAUUUGCGAAGCGACAGCAGCGCAAACUGAAAAUCAAAAACCUAAAAAAGUCAAUGGAUUCCAGCUUCACUAUUCCACGUUACUUCAAGAGGCUACUAAAUGUGCGCUCGUUGGACUUCGAAACUGCUCUCUGGGAAAUGCUCAAUUUGAUAAUACAACCAAAGCGUGUCUACAAAAGCUUAUACUACCAGAAGCAGACCAAAAAUAAGUGGUCAAGAGACGAUCCUAGUUUUGUUAUUCUUUUGAGCUUUUUCCUAACCAUCAGUGCGAUACUUUGGGGCUUGGUCUACUCUACAGACAUUUUGACUAUUUUCAAAUUGAUCCUGUACAUGGUUGUUGUUGAUUUUGUCCUAGUAGGCCUGUCGGUUGCCACAGUAGGCUGGAUCAUUGCUAACAAUUUCUUCAUUCAAAAUCCAAACAUGAAUGUGAGUUCUUCCCCGUCCCAAAGAUUACUCAAUAUCUUCUUGCCCACUGACUCCAUGUUGGAGUGGGCGUACUGUUUUGAUAUUCAUUGCAAUGCAUAUCUGAUCAUAUGGGUGUGUCUUUAUCUGGUGCAGUUCAUUCUGCUGCCAUUACUCAGACUCAACAACUGGAUUUCCACACUGCUAGGAAAUACACUCUAUCUAGCAUCAACCUCAUAUUACUGUAUUAUUACGUUCUACGGCUAUAACGCACUCCCAUUUCUUCAGAAAACCGAGUAUCUCCUAAUGCCGCUCCCAGUUCUCGUUUGUGGUUGGAUGGUGCUCACUUUGUCUGGUUUCAAUAUCGCCAACUACAUGUCCAAUGCAUACUUCAAUUAGCCUGGUGCACGGUUGUAUAGACAAAAAAAAUUAACGAAAAUUGAUCUUUUAGUGUCUUAAAACAUUUUGUAAAUAACAUGUCCGCGAACCCGGGCAAUCGUCUUCAGAAAUGGAACCCAACGCCUCCUGAUAGAGGCGCUUUUCCUUUGGACCAUUACGGAGACUGCAAGGAGCAUAUGCAGAAAUAUCUCAAUUGUAUGAAACUUGUGCGAAAUGAGAACGCCCCCAACUGUCGUCUACUAGCAAAAGAGUACCUUGCCUGUCGCAUGGAGCACGAACUUAUGGACCGAGUCGAGUGGAAAGACCUUGGACUGCCCGAUGAUGAUAAAGAUACAAAAAGAUGAUUUCAUCAUUUGUUUAUAGUACAACCUGUAAAUAGCCAAUACAGCAUGAGAGUAGACAAGUUACUGGCCAGCAUGUGACACCUUACCCUCCAGUUCCAUGAUUCGCGACUCUAAAGUGUUCACCUUGGCCUCCAGAAUAGCAAUAGUGCCGUAUAGCUCAGCUAAUGUGGCAUCGUUCGAGUUGUUUCCUCCAUAAUUCGCUAGCUGUUGUUGAGGAUAUCCCGCUGACUGCAUGUAGUUAUUUGUAGAGCCAAGAGAGACCUGAGGUUGGGCGGACUGUUGUGUGGAUCGAGAUCUGCUUUGUCUUUGCUGCGUCUGGAUGGCAGCUUGUUGCACGUAGUAAUUCGACACGGCGGAAGCCACUGCAGCGGCUGCAGCUGCCUCAGCGUUGGCGGCAUCUUUCGAUUUCUUGAAAGGUUGCAUUUGAACGAUUUGUUCAUCGUAGGUUUUGCGCUUACCCAAUGCUGUACCAGCACUGGAGCCAGGAGACAAGGAAGGGUCCAUGCUAGAAGUAGAUCCUGCUCCAGCACAUCCGGACGAGGAGUUUGCAUGUCUCAGCAGAGCAUCUGCACGAGCAAACCUCUUGUCACAUUUUUCGCAUCUAUAUGGCUUUUCACCGGUGUGAAGCUUUUCAUGUCUUUUCAAAUCAUGCUGUCUUCUGAACUUACUGCUACAAUGUGUGCAUUCAAAAGGCUUUUCAUCAGUAUGGAUGAGCAUAUGCGACUUCAAGUUAUGUUUUCUAGUGAAUGAAUGGUGACACUGGUUACAUUGGUACUUCUUCUCUUCUGAGAUCCCGCUCUUGUCUUCUUCGUCAUCGUCUUCGGAGUUGCUUUGCUGACCCAACGAAGACGAGUCAGUUCCUGUGAUUUUGGAGGAGUCACCGUGCUGAUCGCCUGUCCCCACAGCUUGCUGAUUCAUCAAGCUCGAAUCUAUGUUCGAUAACAUGGUAAGUGAUUGGGACAUUG